GGUCCGGCCAGCCAGCUCCUGCUGUCCAGCACAGUCUCUCACUUGUUGCUACUCUCCUCUCUGCACCGGCACCUCGAGCAUCAUGUUCUUCAAGACUCUUGCCGUUGCGGCCUUGGCCGGCGUUGCUGCCGCCAAGCCUUGUUCAACCAAGCCCACAGCCGCCUCUGCAUCGCCCACCAGACAGUGGGAGACGGCUUACACGGCCACUGCUGCUUCCGAUGUAGCUGCUGCCAAGGCCACGGCAAAGACGAACAGCCCUACUAGCCAUGUCAAGGGCAAGGUGUUUGACCGCUACGUGAGCAUCUGGUUCGAAAACACGAACUUUGAGAAGGCCAAGGCAGACCCCAACUUCAACUUCUUUGCCCAGCAGGGCAUCCUGCUCGACCACUUCUUUGGUGUCACCCACCCUUCGGAGCCCAACUACAUUGCGUCGGUGGCGGGCGACUACUUUGGCAUGAACAACGACGACUUCUGGCGGGGCGACUUCAACGUCUCGACCGUGUUCGACCUGCUGGACCACAAGAAAAUAUCGUGGAGCCUUUACCAAGAGGACAUGCCGUUCUCGGGUUUUGAGGGCAAGGCCUGGGUGAACCAGAAGAACGGGGCCAACGACUACGUGCGCAAGCACAACCCGGCCGUCAUCUUCGACAAGGUCGCCCACUACGAGGACAAGCUGGCCCAGAUCAAGAACCUGUCCCUGACGGACCCGGCGCACUCGCAGUUCCAUGCGGACCUUGCUGCCGACAAGCUCCCCCAGUGGAUGUUCAUCACGCCGAACAUGACGUCGGACGCGCAUGACACGGACGUCACCACGGCGGGCAGCUGGCUCCGGACGUUCCUGGGCCCGCUGCUGAGCGACCCCAAGUUUAUGCAGAACACGCUCGUGCUCAUCACCUUUGACGAGAACGAGGUCUACGCGGACCGCAACCAGAUCUUCUCGGUGCUGCUGGGCGACGCGGUGCCCGCCGAGCUGCACGGCACCACCGACUCGCACUACUACAACCACUACUCGGAGCUCGCGACCGUCCAGGCCAACUGGGACCUGCCGACGCUGGGCCGCUGGGACGUCGGGGCCAACGUGUACUCGUACGUUGCGGCCAAGACGGGCUCGCAGGUGCGCGCGUGGGCCAGCGAGGCCGAGUUCAACGGGCACUACUGGAACGCAUCGUACGCCGGGGUCUUCUACGAUGGCGGCAAGGGCAACACCGAGUACCCGGCGCCCAACCUGGAGCUUGACGGGUUCCGGGGCCGGCCCAUCCUGGAGGAGGUCAAGAAGACGUGGAAGGACAGCAAGAACCCGACGUACUACACGGGUGCGCUGGAGCUGCCGGACGGGAUGAACCCGCCCAAGGGGUAUGCGCCAAUCAAGGCCUAGGCGAUGAGAUUGAUGGGGUCCUAGUCAGGGAGUUGCUUGCAUCACUUUUCUGCAUUUGUGUAUAUUUCGGGGAUCAGACUUUCUCGGAGGG